CCAGAAAACCCCUCCGUCUGCUGCCGUUACCGGAGCCGUCUGCUGAUAAUAAUGUGAAUUAUUAUCAGAGACGUUUAGAGAUGUGGUGUUUACCUCACAGGGAGACGAAAAUGCCAGUCACCGAUGUAGAAACACACUGAAUCAGUGAGAUGUCUCUGGCUCAGAGGGUUUUAUUGACGUGGGUCUUCACCCUGGUCUUCCUCAUCAUGCUGGUACUCAAACUGGAUGGGAAGGUGCAGUGGAACUGGUUCCUCAUCUUCCUCCCAGUCUGGGUAUUUGAUGGCAUCCUCAUCCUCAUGCUUGCCAUAAAGAUGGCCGGCCGCUGCAAACCCGGGUACGACCCGCGCAACGGCUCCCCGGACCUGCGUCUGCGUGCCUGGUACCUGACGGCCAUGCUGCUUAAGCUGGGCUUCUGCCUGACGCUGUGCGCCAAGCUGGAGAAGCUGGCGGACGUAAAACUGACGUUUGUGUGCAUACCACUGUGGACCAUGCUGCUGGGGGCGCUGGUGGAGCUGGGCCUGAAUAUCUUUCCUGAGAGGAGAGAGGCCUGAGAGAGGACAGAUCAUUACACCGACAUACAAAAUAAUAAAAAAUGUUGAGAGUAGAUGUGCGGUUUUAUGACCAAGACUUUGUGAAAUUCGAGUUUUUGUUUUGACCUGAUCAUGUUUCCAGAGAGGGCUAAGAGUCGAGAAGGAGUAAAAUCAUCAUUUCCGAUAUGAGAAUUCAGUUUAAGAUUAAGAAACUGUGGCUUUAAAAAAAAAAAAAAGUGAGUUCAGACUAGGGCUGGGUGCUCAAUACUUUAACUCUUUUUUAACAGGGCAAUUUGGCUUUAUGCUUCAAAAACACCGGAAGAAGGAAAUCAGCAAUUAAAGAAGAAAUUAGCAAGAAAUUGGUAAAAAAAAAAAAAAUGAAACAAAAAA